AGAGAACCCAAAAUAAAAAAAAACUUCAAACACACAACAAAAGAAAAUAAAGAGACUUUUUAUUUUUCUUCAAAUCCAGAUCUGAAACUUCUUCGUCUACAUUCACAAAAUCCAAAAAUGAUCGAAACAGUACUAACAAGCAAAACUCUAAUCGGAUUCAUCUCCGAUACAAAACCAUUCAAAUCAAUCACAGACGAAUAUUUCCAAAUCCUAGAUCUAGACAAAAACGGAACAUUAUCUCCAUCGGAGCUCCGGCAAGGUCUGAACAACGUCGUCGCCGUCGAAUCCGAAGUCGCGCCGGGAGAAGAGACGGAUGACGUUUACAAUGCGAUUUUCGAGAGGUUUGGUGAAGAUUUGGGACCGGAGAAGUUUAGGGAUUUGGUUGCGGAGAUAUUGACGGCGAUGGCGAGAGGUAUCGGAAACUCGCCGGUGAUAAUGGUUGUUCAUAAUGAUGGGUUGAUUAUGAAAGCUGUUCUUCAUGAAUCUAAUCAAGGCAAGUGAUGAUGAUUAUAAUAAAUCAAAAAUUUAGGGAUUUUAUUUUUUUAUUAUUCGAAUUUUAUGCCGUUGUUUAUUGAUUUAUUUAUGAUUUUUUUUUUUAAUGAUUAUUCAUAACGUUUUUCAUAUGGUAUUUUGGUAUGUUAUGUGUAGUAUUUAAAAAAAUAUUUGGAAUUCAAUUUGGUUUUAUUAUUUGGAAUU